UUUCAUCGGCCAAAACAAAACAUAUUUACCGCCUAGUUCAGUGAGCAGCAAUUUUUUGUUCGUUCAUUGAAGAGCAAUCAUAUCAUUGGAUUGUAUUUGUGUACACCUUUAAAAAUGGCCAAGCGGCUCGGUCCAAUGGAUAAGUUUGGGCAUGCUAAAAAGAUUAAAUUGGACGUAAGCGUUAAUCGCAGGCGGAUCAGCGCGAACACUUCUAAAAUAUGGGAAUUCUGGGCGAGUGACGACGACGAUGACGUUUUGUUAGCUACUCAACAAGCAGAAGAAAAGCAGCGGCAAACUGAUCGCGUGCAAAGUAGUGAGAGCCAAGUUGCCUUUAAUGAAUUUGUGGCUGAAGCUCAUGGCAGUACGAGUACUCAGGAAAUAUUUGCAAAUGAGCUGCUAGGGAUCGAUCUCCCUUCGGGCUUGAGUGUGGAAGAAAUAUUUGGGACUGAUGAAACUUUUGUUUUCUUACCCGAUGCUGGACGUGGGCAAAAAACAGCUUUAGGAGAGGUUGAAACAGGUACUGCAAACAAAUGGACGGACGGUUCCUCAAAUCUGGCAACGGAAACUAGACGUCAACUGGCACAAGAGCGCCAACUAAAAUUUUUAAUGGAACGUGUUGAUGUGCUUAAAAAGGAGAAUGCAAAAUUGCAGAAAGACCUGUCGGAUAGCAACAACCAAGCCAGCGCUAAGGAUGGCGAGGUGGGUUUACUCCGCAACGAACUCCGACAAGCACGUAAACUGCUUCAAGCUAGCAAGAUGGACAAGCUUACAAUGGCUGAAGAAGGAGAAAAGGACUACAAUGAAAAAGUUGCAAAAGCUUUUAAGCAAAUGUUAGCAAAAGACGCAGAAUUGAAAAUUACAAAUGUAGAGUUUUCCAAGCUUAAAAUUAGGAAUGCUACAAAUAACGAGCGAAACACAUUCAAAGAAAAUUCAGAGCCGUCAGUCACCGAUGCCGACGAAUGCAGGAGUUUGCUUCGAAUAGAAAAUUUAUCUAUCGGAAGCCCUUUUGCAAAACAAAGUUCCACGAAGGUAAAAGGCCAUAUCUACGAGUAUACGAAAGAUACACGCGGUCAAAAAAAGCAACGUACUUUUUUUGAAGUCGAGUUAAAGCAACUGCUUCUUGAUUACGCUCAAAUACAGUCUGAGCCUGAAUCUGUCGAAGCAAUAACUGGCCGCAUAUUUAUGUCUGUGGGUAGAGUCCUAACCGAGUUUUGGUCCUAUACCCAAAGCUUGGAGUUACCACAAAACUGUAUGCUAUAUCCCUAUCAUCAUUUUGAUCUACAAUCAGAUCAAUGUACAACUAUGCGCUUUUCAUUGAUUCAGUCUGGCGCUUUAUACGACAUGGAACAGGCAGUCCUUGUGCGUCGCUAUAUUGGCACGUUGGCGAUGAUUUGCCAGAAACAAAGCAGCAUAUCGCAAACAUUGCUAACAAAACAGUAUGGUAAAUACUGGGUAUUGCAGAUACUAAUUGAGGCGAUUACCAAUUUAAGUUACUCUUUCGAGGUGUUCGGUCAUUUUGGUGUUCUUGAAGCCACUGCAGUGUUUCUGCACAGUUUGUUAAGCCAUGUUAGCCAAGUAAAUCAAGAUACAUAUGGAUUUCAACUUGAAUUACUCUUUAAUUUACUAAAACAAUUGGUUUUCACUCGCCCAAGCCCAUGGGUUUUUCGUGAGCUCAGUGCAUGCAUGUUAUUAUGCGCACGAAAGAGCCAACUUAUGGCAAGAAUGUGUGUUAAUAGUCCAAGUAAUUGCUUUGUAUCAGAUCGCGUUCGUUCGUUUUACCGUUUUGCUCCCAAGUCGUGUUUAAUACAGGUAUACGCAGGGCUGCUCGAGGUGUGCUUUUGCAGCGAUCUGCCUAUCCAACCUAGUCACUUCAAGCUUUUGCUUGCGAUAUGCGAGAAUCAUGUGCGCUUUGUUUACCAAUGCUUCACAGCAACACCUGAAUUCAUACUGAAAAUGGUUUUAUUUCAAUCAUUUACUGAUGACGAAAAGGAAGACAACGAGGACAUGUUUUCUAAAGUCGUCGGAUUGAAUUCUGAUGUAACGAUUAAUAAUACUACAGAAACUUUUCAUGGGUCAGCGCAUAACCCAACCAACAUGUCCAAGAUUUCUUCAAUUCCUGUGCAGGACAAGGUUUCACAAGAAAUUCAAUGCGAAUGCUAUGUAAAACUUUGUCUAAGCGUUGUUACAAUCGUUUAUCAAAUGAUGUAUCAGUGGAUGCUUCAAGACAAAAAGUCAGAUAUCUUACAAGUUGGAGAAAUCUCACAGAUUUCAUUGCAUUUAUUUACACUUAUCUUUCGUGAAUAUUACCUCACCUGCAUUUUCCGAGACUCUGAAGAAACAACAAAACAUUAUCUAUAUUUAUUGUGUAACUGGUGGCAGAGUCAGGCGCAGCUGUUGAAUUUCCAGGACGUACAUUUACGCUUUUUGAAACAAUUGCAGGACUUGCAGUUUAUGUUAAAGCCUUUACACCAAGAAGCAAACCAUACAAAUCCAAAUGACGACUUGGCCGAGUGGACACGAAUUGUGAGCAAUGCAGACGAAAAUGUACCAGAAUAUGUUCAGAAAAGUGAUCCAUUGAAUUCAGAAACUCUUUUCUCAUUUAGUACUAGUGACUUCUUCAAUGGCGUGAAAACGAUAGCUUAUAAUUUUGAAUAAGUUAAUAAUAAUUUGGUCUAUACUUAUGUAAUUGUAUAUACUAACAGCUUUAUUUAUACAAAUUAGU